AUGGAGUUUAUUAAAGAGGAGAGUAAAGACAUGAAGAGUGAAGAAACAUUCAGAGUCAAACAUGAAGAUACUGAGGAACAAUCAGACCUGAUGGCGCUGAAAGAGGAGAGUCAAGAACCGAAUGAAACAAAAGACAAAGAUCAAAAUGAGAAACAUCAUGAUUUCAAAACUGAAGAAGAAUCAAUUAGUUGCUCACAGACUGAAAAGACUACCUCACCAAAAAAAGCUCAAAAAACACAAACCACUGACUUUAAUUCUCAAAUGAGAGUUCACACUGGAGAGAGACCUUUCACCUGUAAACUGUGUGGGAAGACUUUCACGCAUAAUGGAGGUCUUAACAAUCACAUGGUAAGUCACACUGAAAAGAAGCCAUUAAUAUGCUCUCAGUGUGGAAAGUGUUUUUCACGGAAACAAAACCUUGUUGUCCACAUGAUCAUUCACACUGGAGAAAAGCCUUUCACCUGCAAAUUGUGUGGGAAGACUUUCACGUAUAAAGGAAACCUUAAGACUCACAUGAGAAGUCACACUGGAGAGAAUCCAUUCACAUGUGAUCAGUGUGGAAAGAGUUUCAGACAUAGUGUAAACCUUAAUAAUCACAAGAAGAUUCACUCAAGAGAGAAGAGUUUUAAAUGUCAUCAGUGUGAAAGGAGUUUCAAAGACACAAAUCACCUUAAGAAUCAUGUUAAAAUUCACAUCGGAGAAAAGCCUUUCAUGUGCCAUCACUGUGGAAAGAGUUGCUCAAGAGAAGAUGGCCUGAAGGUUCACAUGAGAAUUCAUACUGGAGAGAGACCGUACACCUGUGAACAGUGUGGAAUGAGUUUCAGGGUUAAAGAAUACCUUCAGGUUCACAAGAGGAUUCACACUGGAGAGAAACCUUACAAGUGUCCUCAGUGUGAGAAGAGAUUCGCAUUUCAAAGCAGCAUGAAACGUCACUUGCGAACUCAUUCUAGGAAGAAAUUGCCGUUUUCUUCAGUGUGACAAGAGGUUUAAUCAUCUGCACAUUCAUUUUGGUAGAAAUUCAAUUAUAAUCACACUUACAGACACACGUGAAAAGUCAUGCAAAGGUGAGACCCUGUUUGUGUUCUUUCAGGGCGCUCAAGUUUUAUCAGAAGUACAAGGACAAGUUAUCCCUUACUUCAGUGUGAGAAAUAAAAGAUAUGGUAUGUGAGUGUCUCAUGGUGAAGAGCCCUGCCUUUGCCGAAGAGUAUGAAAAGAAAAAUGCUGUGUGAAAUCAAGGCUAUGUUCACGCUACAUCUGAUUGUCACCUUCAUCUCUUUAUGCUUCACCAUAAGGCUCAUGGUCUUUUGUGUAAUUGUACUCAUGUGGCCAUUCCUGACCGUCUGCUUUGCUGUAGUUUCAAACAUUGAAUGUCUGUUGUAUAUCACUCAGUUUCAUGUGUUGAUUCCUCUGAAUCAAAAUAUCAGUCAAUCUUUUACCUUGCUGGGAAAAGCAACAAUGUAACUGGAAGAUUAUAAAUAAAUUGACCAUUGAUAUAUAUAGGUGUAUUUCAGCUUAUUUAGUCAAUUUCAAUUUAAUUUUGUAAUAUCUGGACAAGUUUCCUGUCUGGAAAUACCAGGCAACUUUAAAUUUAUGAUCAGGAAAAGCAUGGAAAUAUUAUUCUAGUUUUGUGCAGAUGUGCAGAAACUGUUCAUCUGAACAAUACUCUGAGCCGAUCCUCCCUAUACGCAAAAUACGCAAGCUGUGAGCCCCCUUGCUCUCAAAGUUUGGUUUUUUAAUUUCUUACUGGCACAGCAGUGAUUUCUCUGAAACAUCACUCAUUGAUGUGGGGUAUAAGUGGUUAUGUAAGCAGUAAACGGGAGUCAUCACCUUCUUGUCUUCAGCUUUGCAACAAAACAGAUUCGCAUAAUUCCAAAAUACUCAGGCAGGCACAUUUGACGAGGUUGCAGCUGAUGUGGUUGGCUCUGUGGUUUCUGUGAUAAGUUCAGAAAUUAGUUGUUCUCUGAAAAUUUUUGGGACAGAGGGGUGUUGUUUUGCAGUGAAGUGAGCACCACCCAUGUAUUAAUUAUACUCCAGCACUGCUGCUGGAAUAGGGACCUGGUCUACUUUACCAACAGGACCUUUCCAAGCCUGAGCCAAUGAAUGUCCCCUCUUUUGGUCUUUUUGCUGAGGUCGUUAGCUUUGGUUCUUGGAAAGCCCUGUCUGUUAAGGAGUAUGGUGCCACAUGCCAGGGUGUGCUUGAGCAGUGAAUCAGUGAAGAGGGUUGGGCUGGUAUAAAAGUUAUCCAUAAACACCUGAUAGCCCUAUCCAAGAAAAGUGAAAUCCAAACGCUGCAUUACGGAUUCAUAAUUGACACCUUUACCUGCUUCUUUGGAGGACUUUCCUUCCAUAUGUAUAUUUACAAACUGAAUCCGCAAGGACAAACAAAUUAUAACUCUAUUUGGUGUGUUUGUCCUUCAUAUAGCCCAUUAAGUCCAAUUCUAGCCUUUGAAGCAACCAUACACUCGUCCACUGCCAGCUGUCUUUGUGGCUGAAAAUAAGCCUUGCAAGUCAUAGAGAGGUUUUAUUUUUAACAGUCUUUCAUAGUUCUCUUUUUUCUUGCAUUCUUUUCUUUAUCUUUUAGGUUGGAAAGAUGAAGACUCCAAUAAAUAGCUUGAAAACGUGAUCUGGGGUGCAUUUCCCACUAAUGUUGUCUCUUAGCAUGCUACAAAGUCUCUAAAAGUAUAUCUUUAACUACAGAUGCACCUUUUCUAGGUGUGUUCCCUGAACUAUACCUUAGGAGGUAUAGUUCAAUAAUUCAGAUAACGUGAAUGGAGCAUAAGCUAUGCCUUCUUACGUGUGAUGUUACCAGGUGCUGUCCAUCGUGGUGGUGCUGAAUUGGUUGAUACUGAUGGAUCAAAAAUGGAUUUUUUACUCCAUUCAUGUUCUGCUUCAGUGCGAUAUGUGAGAAGGCGGUGUUCUUUAUAAAAUAAAUGUUGAUUUUAAAUAAAGACACGGAACUCUUUCCUGUUAGAAUGCAACAAUCUUGAGCAAAACUUUUACUUUCGUUUAGCAACAUCAUGUCAGGGAAGAAAACCUAGAAAAAAAAUCAACAUGGUCUCAUAAAAAUGGUGCUGCAAAAAAGUACCCAGAGGCACAUAUUUUUAUGUACAUUACUACACAUUUUCCGCCGUUUCAAAGAGAAAUGUCCACUUAGUGGUGCUAAAACACGGGUUCAAUACGUGAACCCUGGCAUGUUUUUAUUACGUUGAUAUAGGUACUUAUUGCUGUGGUUUUAUUACGUUGCUUCAGGUAAGUGUUGCAGCAGUUCAGAAUUCAAAUAUACGGGGAAUGCUGCUAAAAGUUAAUGCUCUAUCAUGCUGAAAAUAUGCCCUACACCAAAACCAACCCUAAACCUACCUAAAAGUGUUAACGAAUGCAAAAUUGAUUUGAUUCUGAACCAUUUGAACUUCCUUAUAUGCAGAUUUGAACUGUUUUGUCAAACCGUAGUAAUCACAGGAUUCGAACUGGAGCUCCUCACCUCUCAAGUACAUCUCCAUGAGCUACCGAACAAACCUAUCAUCUGUGAAAACCCAUAGAUAUGAAGCUAGAUAUGUGUGAUGCUUACAUUCAAAAGCAUUGAUUUUCAAAUCUCCCAGCAUAUUAAUAUUGUUUUGAAGUCAUAAGAUUAUAUUCUUCAAGCAAUUGUGAGAAAAUUAUGCUUUAUUAAUCAAAACUGUAAAUUUGUGUGAAAAGGAAUAAAAAAUGUCUUGAGUUUUACUGCCUCUAGUGUUCAUUUCUUUUGGAAACUGCAGUGAUAUGUACUUAUUGGUACAUGUUUCGUGUCUUGCUAAAAAGUGCCCCCAGGUACGUUUAUGCCAUGAGACCAGGUAGAAAGAAUUAUAUAUACACUGAGCACUUCCCAGUGGUCCUCACAUAAAAUACAAGGGAAAAAACCUACAUGACACACUGCUUAAUAAUUAAACAGCUUUUAACAAAAUGAAAUAAAA